ACUGAGCCACCCAGGUGCCGCAAGAUAGAUAUUGAUAUUCCCAUUUUACAAAUGAGGAAACUGGUCCCAAAAAUGUUAAGUAGUAAUGUAGCAAGUGAUGGAGCUGGGAUUUAAGUACUUUACUGCUUUUGGCCAUUGAGAACAAUAACAAAAUUUCAUUUCUGAACCAAAUACAUUGAUCUCGUAGUAAAGCCCGAAGGAAUGGGAAGCUUUCUUAUAAAUCCCUUUUUGGUGAAUUUUUUUUUCUUCUUUAGCAGUGGUCUUCAGGCUUUAUCGUGCAUCAAAAUCACCUGGAGAAGAUUGCUUCACUGGGCUUCACCUGGGGGCCCAGGACCCAAGCCUAUUCAAGUGGCCUGCACAACACACUUUCUGGAAACUUCCUUAACUUUCUAAGUCGUUAGUUCUUAAUUGCUGAUAGCAUUUUCAGGGCCCAUUCGUUAAUAUGUUAUUUACCCUUUACAGGUCUAUUUGAAACUCUCCAGAUGUCUCAAGAGUUUUUCCCUUUUGCUUAAAAAAAAAAAAAAAAAAAAAAAAAUUCCCCUCCAGACUUCAUUUUUGAGCUGUCCUUGAUGUCUUUCCAGCUACUCAGAAAAAACAUAGCAUAAUUACUCAUCUAAUCAGUAUGUCCCUGAAGAGUUUGACAAACUAUAGAAGAGCAUUAACAGAAGGAGAGAGACAGAGAGAGAAUACGAACUUCUAACUGCAGCUCAUUACUGGUCCCUUAAUAUGGACUUUGAAAAUCAAGAUAAGGAGAAAGACAAUAGCAGUUCUACUGGGUCUUUCAAUGGCAACAGCACCAAUAAUAGUAUCCAAACUAUUGACUCUACCCAGGCCCUAUUCCUUCCAAUUGGAGCAUCUGUCUCUCUCCUAGUAAUGUUCUUCUUCUUUGACUCAGUUCAAGUAGUUUUUACAAUAUGUACAGCAGUUCUUGCCACAAUAGCUUUUGCUUUCCUCCUUCUCCCGAUGUGCCAGUAUUUAACAAGACCCUGUUCACCUCAGAACAAGAUUUCCUUUGGUUGCUGUGGGCGUUUUACUGCUGCUGAAUUAUUGUCAUUCUCUCUGUCUGUCAUGCUCGUCCUUAUCUGGGUUCUCACUGGCCAUUGGCUUCUCAUGGAUGCCCUGGCCAUGGGUCUCUGUGUCGCCAUGAUCGCCUUUGUCCGCCUGCCCAGCCUCAAGGUCUCCUGCCUGCUUCUCUCAGGGCUUCUAAUCUAUGAUGUCUUUUGGGUGUUUUUCUCCGCCUACAUCUUCAAUAGCAAUGUCAUGGUGAAGGUGGCCACACAACCGGCUGACAAUCCCCUUGACGUUCUAUCCCGGAAGCUCCACCUGGGGCCCAAUGUUGGGCGUGAUGUUCCUCGCCUGUCUCUGCCUGGAAAACUGGUCUUUCCCAGCUCCACCGGCAGUCACUUCUCUAUGUUGGGCAUUGGGGACAUCGUGAUGCCUGGACUCCUGUUGUGCUUUGUCCUUCGUUAUGACAACUACAAAAAACAAGCCAACGGUGACUCCUGCGGUGCCUCUGGACCCGCCAAUAUCUCUGGACGCAUGCAGAAGGUCUCCUACUUUCACUGCACCCUCAUUGGAUACUUUGUAGGUCUGCUCACCGCUACUGUGGCAUCUCGCAUUCACCGAGCAGCCCAGCCUGCCCUUCUCUAUUUGGUGCCAUUUACCUUAUUGCCACUCCUCACGAUGGCCUAUUUAAAGGGUGACCUUCGGCGGAUGUGGUCUGAGCCAUUCCACUCCAAGUCCAGCAGCUCCCGAUUCCUGGAAGUAUGAUGGAUCCCAGAGAGUGACCAGAAUGGCCAUCUUAGUCCUUUUCUGUCAACGCGUGGUUUUGUUUCCUCUUAGAGCUGGCCUGGUACUCAGAGAUGUACCUGUUUAAGGAACUGACGUGUGACUGGAUUUUGCGUUUGCAGGGAGCUUGUUUGCAGGAGCGAGGUGCUGGAGCCCUGCUUGGUUCUUUCUCUUCCUGCCGUUGUAGAGGCGGAGCCCCUCCUGAAGUGACAGGCCCUCCCCAGCACUCCUUCCUCCCCCGUUUUUAUGAAUCUGCACCAGACUGUUACCCGUGGGGGAUGGAGAUGUGACUGUUUAAAACUGACAACGGCAAGGAGUCGUUCUGUACCUUUUGAACACUAAAAGGAUGAAAAAUAUUAGCAAACCGAAGUUUCUUCAGUGAACCCUCAAGAACUUUGGGACCAGUUUCCUAUGGGGGACUCAGUUUCAGAGAACUGAGACAGAAGCUCUUCUGUCGUUCUAUUCUUUCCUUUUUUUGGAUUUAUUAAAUAUUUUCUGUGGUGUGAAGUGACUUAUUAAAUCCACAGACAUUGAGUGACUUCUUACAACAUAAACAUAAGAAUUUGUUGUAAUGAGUUCAUGUCCACCCAGAUGUUGUGUUGGCAGUGAACGAGGGCACGGUUUUUAUACAUACACACACACGCACAUAGGUAUAUAUGAAUAAACAAAAAUUAAAACCUGCUAAGAUCAUGCUGUGUAGCAGACAGGGACUUGCUGUAAUUUUUAGCAUGUAGAGCAGUUUACUCUGGCUUUCUUGUAUAUGGAUAAGCUGCUGUCUUUCCCUCCACAACUGAACGUGCAGUUAAAAACCAGUAUAGUAUUUGUACUGAUAUACUCAUGGACUUUAGGGGGCUCUCAUUUGGUUUUGAUCAGUGUAGCAAAUUAGGGAUGAAAAGUUAAAACUUUUUGGCCCUUUUUUUGUUUGUUUUUACAGGCUUCUCCCUUGCAGGGUUUUUAGUAGUUUCUUCUUGAACCAAUGCAUGUAAUAUAGCAGCAGGUGUCUUUGUGCUUUCUGAUCAUAGUAAUGUACUACUUGUAAAUACAUUUUUCUAUUUUCUAUUUUUUUUUGUAUUUUUUUUUUUUUUUGGCAUUUUGUUUCAUUGGUGUGCUGUAUUUUCCAUGCCCUCACUCCUUUAAGAAAAAAAAAGGAAAAAAGCAACACGAUCCUGUCCUUGCUGUUGUGAUUAUGGUCUUGGUUUACCUGUGGUGACAACUGGGUGUUGGGGACAAAUGUCACAUGCCCCUCUGAGCUGGGCCCUACCUUCUAGGAGUUGUGGAAGGAGCGAGCUGCUCUGUCCUCUUAGAAUCUGACCAUGUGCUGUGGUCUUUGCUGGAGAGCUGGCAUUCUGGUAGUAAUUUAAGUGUGAUCGUGUCAGCUCGCCUUUGUCUCAGCAGCCCCAGCCCGGUAAGAAAUUGCCCACUGUACAGGCAGAGAGAAUCCUGGCUACCUGACAGCAGAGGUCGGAGAAGGGCCCACGUGUCCUGAUUUCUCCCUUUGGCAGGUGACGUGCCUCUGCCUCAACCUGUGUGAUGAACUGGUGUGCUGGGCUUCCCGUUGCCAGAAGCCACGGUGGACAGAGCUCGUAGGCUGUGCGCGUCGCAGGGCGUGAGGGCGGGAAGCGAUCAGGAUGGUGCGUUCUUCUGUUGUGUCUUCAAAUCCUGCUGAGGGCUGUUUUGUUUUUUGUGUUCUGUUGUUUUUGUUUUUGUUUUUUUAAUAAAUGACUCCUUUCUAGCCUU